AUGGAUAUAAACUACAAGGCAAGUACUAUCCGUUUUCCUUGUAUAAGUAAAAAAUUUCAGUUUUCCAAUCUGAUAGGUUCAGUUUAUCGACAAGGACAAGUUACCUUUUCUCCCGAUGGCAACACAGUCAUUAGUCCAGUGGGAAACAAGCUAUCACUGUUUGAUUUGAAAAAGUGCGUUUCAUUUUUAUUCCCAUUUUCUCGUUUAUUUGAAGCAAUGUAUCGCGCACAUUGGCUUUGGAAACGUCGUAUAGCAUUUAUUCGGUUGCCAUAAAUGUCAGCGGCACACAUAUGGCGCUAGCCGACCAGAGUUUGUGAAAAAAAAAAAUUUUAAAAAUCCGAAAGAUGUUUUCAGAAGGCCAAGUUCAUUACAUAAACAUGCGGAGCGAAACAGUCUUAUACAAAUAUUCUUCUUGUAGAAAAAUAAAGUCCUUACAGUUUUCUCCAAAUGGACGGUAGUUAUCGUCAAGGUUUGAAUUGAGUUAUUGAACGCUUUGAGGAUGCUCGCAGUUUGUCGGGACAACGACCUUCAACUGUUUGAGUUAUCAUUGACAGAGAAUCAGGUCGCUGUGGUGUUAUCAAUUUUCGUCGUGACUUCGGAUUUUCAGAUGUUUCAUCCAUUUUCUCUUUUCCGGACGUACAAAUUAAGUUCCGAAUCUUUGAAUUGUGUCGAAUGGUCAUCCGACUCGAGGUAGUUAACUUUUAUGAUAAACAUAGUGUUUUAUUUCAGUUUGUUGGUGGCUGGCGGAGACGACAAGCUGAUUCGCGUCGUUGGGUCACGAGAUUUUCGAAAUCUGUUUGUCCAUCCAAUAUCUGCUCAUAAAGGAGAGAUUGUAAAUUGCCAGUUUUUGAAAAGUUCGUACGAUGUAUGUCUUUAUUUGAGAAAUUUUUAAUUUCAUCUUUUUUUUCAGAUGAUCACAAUUUGUAAAAGAGGAGUGGCCAACGUUUGGACGAGCUCACAUCAGAUUGGAGAUCUCGAGGAAGGUGUUUGGCGGAGAGACAACAGAGAAACCACAGAGGAAGAAAUGAGCAAAAAGAUUUUUUUCGAGAAGACGAAAAAGUGGGUCUUCCAAUGUAUAAACAUGGAAAGUACGAAAAUUGUUAGAGAGAAAGAGAAUUCCUGACUGUCAAUGGGCAGUUCCUGUGCCUAUUUUCUUUUUAUGAGUUUCGAGGAUAAUCUUUUCCGUGUUUUUAAUGAAGCCGUACUUGUUUUUUGAGGUUCUCGCUGAGCGAAUCAUCUGGAAGUGGGAAAAACGUGGACAUUACUUCCUGUAAGCUCCACGCUAACAGCAAUGUUCUCGUUACGGCUUUCGACAAUGGAGUUUUUGUGCUCCACGAAAUUCCCUCUUUCUCUUUAAUUCACAAUCUGCGGUACGUGUAUUUUUUUCACUGGGAAAAAAUUUUCUUUCAGUGUUUCUGAUCUCAAAAUAACCACGGUCGCAAUCAACUUGAGUGGGGACUGGUUGGCGAUCGGAUGUGGAAAGGGAUCAGCCGCCCAACUUGUUGUAUGUUCUGCCUUGCCUCGUUCUCCGGUAUGAAGUUUUGUUUCUAAGGUGUGGGAAUGGCAGUCCGAAACGUACGUGAUGAAGCAGCAAUCUCAUUCUCUAAGAGUGACCAGCGCAAAAUAUUCUCCGGAUGGAAGUUACAUCGCGACUGGAGCUGAAGACGGAAAGGUCUUUUCGAAGAUUUUUUCGGAAAUCUAUUUUCUAGAGCACGUCUGAAUGGAGAUUUGACAGGAAUACUUUCCUGUCGCGAUUUUUGAGUCUAACUAGUAGAAUGAAGUUCUAGUUUUGAAAUCUGGGGCUUUUUUUUUUCGAAAUCUUGGUCAUUCGUAGUUGAAAAUAGAUGAAAAUCUUUAAGGUGAAAAUUUGGAAUUCGAAAACGUCAUUCUGCACGGUGACAUUUGCCGAACACACUUCCAGUGUCACUGCAGUGAGAUGGACGCAGAACGGCCGAGCCAUUCUCAGCGCUUCACUCGAUGGCACUGUCCGAGCGCACGACUUGAAGAGGUUUCCUUUUCUUCGGGUCUCCCGACGAACGCCUGUCUUCAGAUACCGUAACUUCCGAACCUUGGUAUGUCCCGAGCCGACUCAGCUCGGGUGUUUGGCCGUCGACAGCGCCGGAGACAUUGUCAUUGCUGGAGGCAAAGAAGUUUUCAACGUGCGCGAUGCUUGUUGAAUGUUUCCUGGAUAAUUUUGCGGCUUCAGAUUUUCGUGUGGAGUAUGGACACAGGUCAUUUGCUCGAUAUCCUGUCAGGCCACGAGGCGAAUAUUUCCGCCGUCGAUAUUCACAGCAAUUUCAUCGUGAGCUCUUCCUGGGACAGGACGGUCAAGUCAGUUGUUGAAAACUGCUUUUUUUUUUUUUGAUACCUAACCAUUUUCAAAAACUUUUUUAAAGUUUAUUUUUUUUUCUUUUCACAAAUGCCAAUACCUCAUUUUUGGAAUUGACUUUCAAUAAAACAAACUGAAAUGAUAAAUUAAUUGAAUAAAAAAACUUUUUUUUUACUAAGGUUUCAAACUAGUGCUUCUCAGAGCAUAUUGGGCCUACAUAGCUCUGGAUAGAUUUUAGACGGUUCAUUUUGUUUUUUUGCAAUAGAAACAGUACAUAAUUGCUAUGUAUAAAAAUCUUAAUAAAAAAACUAAAUGGUUAAUUAAAAUUUUUUUCAAUGAGUUUAUUUUUCAAUUUUGUCAUCUUUGCGAUUUAAUUUAUUGAUACGAAAAAAAGUUGAGUGAGAAAGGAAGGGAGGGUCUUCAUUCUAAAAAAAUUAAAUAUAGCGACCAUGACAGACUCAUAUCUGAGUUUUUGAAGUAGUGUAUAGGGGAGUUCAUGGAAAACUUACAUAAAAUUGAUCUGCUUUUCUAGAUUACAUGAAUUUCAAAAUUCGAAUUAAUUCGAAUUAGAAAAAAAUUGGGCAGUAAUGGCUGGUAGACAUAACAUAUUUUUAAUCUGCGAGAAAAAAAAUUUUGUCCAGUGUUAAAAAGUCGUUGAAACUCCCACUUUUAAACUUGUUAGGCUCUGGAGUAUCGUUAACUCACAAGCCGACACUACGGAAUUAGCUCAUGAAGCUGUCGACGUCUGUUUUUCGCCAGGAGGUGACGUCGUCGCGGUGCUGACCCUCGAUUCCACCAUAACCUUCUAUGAAUCGAAAGAAGUUGGACUUUUGCUGUCUGACUCGCAACCGGGGAAAAUUUCAGAUGGCUUUCAUCGGCAGUAUAGAGGCGCAUCUGGAUUUGGAUCCGUCUCGCGGCAGAUUCGACACUAUCACACGACAGAAUGCAGUGAAGAGCAAGUGAGGAGGAUUUCUCGGACUUUUUGAAACCUUUUGAAACCUUUUGAAGGUCUUUCACAACGAUCGCGUUUUCUCCCGACGGAAACUUGUUGUUGGCUGGCGGAGAAUCCAACAAUUUCUGUCUCUAUUCUGUCACAGACCGUCUCUUGAUGAAAAAGUUUACGGUUACAGAAAACAGAAGUUUGGAUGGAGUUGCGGUGAGAUUUCAAAAAAAAAAAAGUUCUCAGUGCGUCUUUCUUCAGCUUGACGUGAACAGACGCAACUUUACCGAGUUUGGAAAUAUGGAGCUCGUUGACACUUCAGACGAGGAAGAAGAAAGAGGAAACAAGAAGGUUGCAUGGAAAAGUUUCCUUUUUAUUUGAAUAUUUGCAGGCGAUCCAACUUCCGGGGACCAAAAAUUUUGAUCUCGGAGAACGAAGAUCGCAUCCUGAGAUGAGCGUUUUUGCUGUCACUUAUUGCCCCACAGGUUCUUGCAUAUAAAUAAAAAUCCUAAGCUGCGAAGAUAAAUUUUUGGAUAAUUUCAGCCAUGAAAGCUUAGUCUUUUCAUGCUAUAUGAAACAAACUUGUACAUAUCCAUAGUUUUCGAGAGGAACAUUAAUUUAGUGCUCGAUUUUUUUUCGAAAAGUAACAGUGCUCGAUUUUUUUUCCUUCUGUCUAUUUGAGAUGAAGUUAAAUUUUAUGCAAUUGGAAAAUAUGACGAAAGGCAAUAGGUCGUCGAUUUGCGGUGUGUUCGACAGAAGGAGUUGGGAUUUAUUCAUUGGAUGUAGUUUCGUUGUUCGAUCCUUUCCAACUCGACAGCCGCACGAAUCCCGACGUCGUCAGAAGGUUUUUCGGAUCUUCUGAGAGAUAUUCAUCUGUAGUUGUUCAGAGCUUUGGAAAUAAACGAUUAUUCGCUGGCUCUGAUGGCAAGUCUCAAGCUGGCCGACUCCCAGUUCAUUUGCGACAGCUUGGAGUCGACUAGUAUCACCCAAAGUACUCACAUUUUAUUUCGGUUUUUGAUGAUCGAUCAAUUCUCAGUCCCGUUGGUUGUGAAGAAUCUACCUCUAGCAUACGCUGAGAGGCUACUCAAGUGGAUGUCUGACGGAAAUAUUGUUUCUUCUACACGACAUGUUCACUUCUACAUGGUUAGAAAUCGUAUCUUGCCCUGAGAUCCUUUGUAAAUGGAAAUGGAGUUUUUUUUUUUAAUUUUUUAAAUUGUUUUACAUUAUUGAGAAACUCUGUUCACUUUUUUUCAAGGACCGUUUUUUUGUUCAGAUUAUUGUUUCUAUUAAUGAAAAAAAUAGAUUUAAAAAUUCAAGAUUUAAAUUAUCCGAGGCCGGUGAAACAUGAGAGUUUUGUGCUACGACAAGAGCGGGCUUUCGGUUUUUUUUAAUAGCUUCUCAGCUUUUCAAUUCCGUUUUUCUAUAGACUAUUCUCUAAAUUUCAUCUGCUUUAUCUCGUUAUAAUUCAUUUCGAUCAAGUUCAAAAUCAUAAUAGAAACAAAAAGCUGAAAAGAAAACUUCUAAAAUCGAAUGCGAAUUUUUUUUUUCCUUUGACUUGUUUUUUAACAAUUUCCCGAUUUUUCCUUCCAAACUGAAGAUUUUUGAAGAUCUGGCUGAGAGCGUUGCUCCAAGAGCACGGAAUGCGACUGAAAGGUCGAGCCGACGUCGCCACUCUGACUGGGGUCCAGCAAAUCCUCGCACAUCAUUCUCAGCUCAUUUCAAGCAUGUGAGCGUCUUUUUUUUCAAGUCUAUUCACAUAUUCGUUCAAAAAGGCUACAUAUUUCCUAUGUAAAAGUAUGUAGUACAUAAGUAAUACUUGGUGUUUUUUGUACAAAGAUUGUUUUCAGGGCCAAUCAAAACAAAUAUUCGUUGACUUAUUUUUUGAAUGCAAGGAAGAUUAAAAGGCCGGAAGAGAAGAAAGAAAAGCAAGAAGAAGAGGACGACGGAGAAUCAGUAGAAUCUUAGAUAUUUUUAUAUUUGAAAUUUUUGUUUGAUUUUCGCUUUAACCGUUUAUUGUACAUGCUGUUGUUGAUUUUCCAGAGUUUCUGUUGUUAUUUUUUGUUGCUUGUUAUGGAACAUUGUUAUUAUUUCUUACUAUAAAAUUUUUUUAUCGAUUGUGAUGACUAAUUUCUGAAACAGUUAUAUCUAAUUAUCUAUUUGCACUGUACCAAAUUAUGUUUCGUCUGUUUUCUCUGGAUAUAAUGUUUUUGUAUAGAUGCCACGGGUCUCCAAGCCGGAAGGGGCUAAAUGGCAGAACGCCGAGAUGUCCGUCGACAACUUCAACGACGAGAACUUUGCUUUCUUAGCUUCUUUCGAAGAAAUCCUCGCAGAUAAUGUUGAAGAAGAUGUACCAAAGGUUGUUUUCAGAGUUUUUUUCAAUCUUGAUUGAAAGUUUUCAGAAAAGAAAGCAGAUCAAGAAAAAACCUCCGAAAGAAGACUUUGAAGCGAGUGGAUCGAAGUUUUCCACAGAAGAAACGGAUCAACCAGAGGUUGACGUAGAAGAAAAGCGAAGACUGAAGAAAGAACGGAGGAAAAAGCAAAUGGCGUUGAACAAGUUGAAGAAGAAAGAGAGAUUGGCGAAGCGAAAGACUAAGGUGGUGGUUGAAAGAGUCGUCACUUAAGUGAGCACUUCAGGAACAAAACAGCCAAACGAAAAGCUCCGAUGACUCCUCAGAAGUUGAUCAAGAAAAGAAGAAGGAAGAGAAUGUGAGCUUUCAAAAACUAAGCUUUUGGGAAUAAAACAUUUACUUUGUUUACAGAAAGGAAAGAAGCGAAAAGCGGGCGAAUCAGGAGCAGUCGAACCCAAAAUACCAAAAGUGGAAAACUCGGGUAUUUUUUUCUAGAUUUAAUCAAAAACUGCAAUUUUUCAGUUAAGAAAACGCCCAAGGAAACGGAUGAGGAGAAUGGAAAAUUAGCUGUUUCUCCGGGUUAAUUGAGUUUUUUUUUUUUUAUUGAAUUGAAAGCUCAUUUCAGACAGCGUAGCCUUCGAUGUUAGCGCUUGGAAAAACUUUCACUGUCUUCCUUCUGAAAUUCUGGACGCUAUCGUUGAUCUAAAGUAAGAGGAUGAAACGAUCUCAUAUUCAGUGGAUGGUUAUAGAUUCUCCGAGCCGACCGAAAUCCAAAGCUCAGUGCUUCCCAGCGCGGUCCGCGACCGCAUGGACAUUCUUGGCGCUGCGGAAACUGUAUCGAGCAGUUUUGUGUCGCUCUUCAUCAUCUUCUUUUCAGGGAAGUGGAAAAACCUUGGCGUUUGGGAUUCCUGCAAUUUGCCGUCUUUUGGAGCAAGAUGAGGUAGGAAGAAGGUCAUUUUUUGAGUAAAAAUAGAAGAAGAAAUUAUUCGGAUCUGAAAAAAAAAAUUCUCAGAAGGCACAAGGACCCCGCGUCUUGAUGAUUGCCCCUACGCGCGAACUUUGCAUUCAAAUCAUGAGCCACGUCAAGGCUUUGAUAAAGUUCACUAAGUUCACUGUGAGUUUUUUUUUCUAUCAAACGGGUCUACUGAUUUUGCUAAGGCACAAUGUAUUGUCGGAGGAUUGGCACAGCCGAAGCAAGAGCGUCUUAUCAAAACUCGUCCUCCGGAAAUCAUCGUCGCUACUCCCGGCCGACUUUGGUCUAUGCUCGAAAACGUGACUUUUUUUAAUGGAAACAAGAAAAAAACAGUUUCAAACUUUGAAGGCAGCUCCGGGUUCCUAUUUUGCAAACUUGAAAGACCUGCGAUGUUUGGUUGUGGACGAAACAGAUCGAAUGGUCGAAGAGGGCCAUUUCGAAGAACUCACUCACAUACUCAACAAGAUACACGAGUUAGUUCCCCACAUCAGAGUUAGCUAUUGUGAAUAUUUAGAGAAGCGGAAACGGAAAAACUGCAGACGCUAGUUUUUUCCGCAACUUUGACUUUUGCACAGACACAGUCGAACAAGAAACAACUGACACCCGAACAAAAAAUUCGUUAGUUUUCCGUAUAUCUGGCUAGGAAUACUAUCUUCAAACAGAGCGUCUGAUCGAGUUGACUGGGCUGCGAGAAGGAAAUCGCAAAAUAGUGGAUCUGACGCGGCAGCUCGGGACGGCCGGCUGUCUUGUCGAGACCCGCAUCAACUGUUCCGAUUUGUUGGAUAAGGUGCGUUUAAAAAAAAAAUCCUAAUAUUUAUAUUUCAAAAUCAAUUUUGACUCACCUCUUUUUAUAUCAAGUUUUUAUCACCAGAACUUGUUCUAAAAAUGGAAAACCUCUUUUGAGAAAAAUUUGAGACUGCUGACUACAAUAAUCAAAAAAAAAACUUGAUUCUAACAAUUUUUUUAAGCUGGAAAGGGAAAAUUUUUGCCAUUUUUCAAUCACUACAUGUUUCUUUUGGUAAUCUGACGCUGAAAUUUUUUUGUUUGGUACUGUAAAGGAAGGUUUUGCAAUGGAAACGUAAUGCCCUAGUAUAAAUUCUUUUUAGGACACUUCUUUGAUGUACUUGUUGAGCCGGUACAGCGGUCGGACGUUAGUUUUUGUAAAUUCUGUCGACGCCGCCCGACGUCUCCACGGAAUCUUGAGCGCUCUUCGCCGGAAUCCUCUUCUUCUUCACGCCAAAAUGCUUCAGAGACAACGGCUGCGAAACUUGGAACGGUUCACCGGUGAAUCGUUUUUUAAAGAAGCCGACGCUUUUUCGGAAAGUAAUCAAUCAGUCAAUCAAAUCAUUUAUUUUGUUGUUUUAGUCAUAGAUGUUAUUGGCUAGGCGGUGAACAAGAACUCUAAAAGCAUAGACUAACAACCGCCUUUGGCGAAAUAGAAGUCCAAACGGGUAGUCGAAAGAGUUGAAAGCAUGGUCUUACGGUCCUUCGCUUCGUUCUUCUGCGCGCAGUCCAUUCAGUUGCGCCUUGACGAGUUCAGAAAGUAGCGGAUGUUGUAGCUAGAGCCCGUAGACCGUGCCUCUAGAUGGAAGCCUCGAAAUGAGAGCGGUCACUUCGAGUGAAGAUUUUACACGGAUAAUUAUGACAUAAGUUAUUUGAAUUUGUUGCAGCUGAGCCAAACUCCGUUUUGCUGGCGACAGAUGUCGCGGCUCGUGGUUUGGAUAUCAAGGGGAUCGAUCAUGUCAUCCACUAUCAAGUACCGAAAGCAGCAGAGGUCCUAAAUUUCUCCUUGUAUGGGAAACAUUUUAAUAACCUUUGAAAACGAAUUUAGCGCAGUUCAAAUUAUAAUUUCUUUUUUCUCGUAACUGUGGAAAAGAUAGUAUCAGCGGAGGGCUAAGAAUUGUGAGACAUCAUACGCAUAAAUAUUGGGUUUAAGACCUACAUCCAUCGUUCUGGCCGCACCGCUCGUGCGCGAAACCGCGGUCUGACUAUUUUGCUCGUUGAUCCUCCUAGCAGAAACCAUUACACGCGGCUAUGUCGCAAUUUGAAUCGGAGUGCGUUCGAAAUCCCAGAAAGUCAUGUUUUCUCAAUUUUUUUAGUGGAGGACUUGGAUAUUUUCCCGAUAGACAACGAGCCUCUGAUGGAAACACUGAGGAGAAGGGUAAAACUCGCGUCUGAACUGGACAAGCUCACUUUCAGAUGUAAAAAGGUACCCCCAAUCUACUUCCAUCACAUUUUUCAUUUUUUGAAGAUUCGUUUGAACGAGAGUUGGUUUGAAAAAACGGCACGUGAAGCUGGCUUAGAGUAUGACGAGACGCGUAAUCGGGAGCUCGAAGGGGCCAACGAAGAAGUCGAUCAGAUGAAAAAUAAAGAACGCCAGAUCAGGGUGUUAUUUCUUCAGUUUUUUGAUAUCUGCAAUUUUCGCCGCAUGUUCAGAACGAACUGGGUAUCGAACUUGAAAGACCCUUGCCGCGCCAAAAUGGAUCAGAUUAUUUGGUAAGACUGUGUUUCUCAGCCGUUUGCCAAGUUCUGUUUUGUUCCAGAAAACACGAUAUAUCACUCCCGAUAUUGUUUCCAAGCUGAAUGUGAGUUUAUAAUCAGAAUCUUCGAAAAUAGUCGGUCUGCAGGCGACCAAAGAAUCGGCAAUCGACUUGUUCCACGAGAAGAAGGCAGAAGCGAAAGAAUGGAAGAAGCGAAACAGAAAGGCAAUCAAAACUGUAGACAUCAAAGUUCGUAGUUUGUCUUUCCUUACACUGACGUUGGACUUGCGUCUUUCACCACUUUCUCAAUGUUUAAUAAUGAAUUGAUCGUUGCAGAUUAAGCCAGAGAAGAAACGGAAAUGA